AAGUUUAUUUUAUUUACAACUUUUUUAUUAUAUUGAAGUAAAUGGUGUAAUAGAGGACAAUUCGCUUCCAAACAAUCAACAAACCUCUACACUAACCGGCACAUUUGGACCAAUAGGAAAGGCACACGGUCCGAAGUUCGCGGAGUGGGGAUAAACAUCGUUUCGGAUUACGUACAUAGUAUUCAAACGUAGAAACAAGUAACAUUUUUAACACUUUUAAAAAUACCAUGAAAUAGUGAAAUACUUGAAUAAUAUAAAUCAAUUAAAAAAGUCUACAAACAUACAAUUAAAGUUUCUUGUUUUAUGCAAAGGUUGGUCUCCAAUUUAUUUUAUUAAACAACGUACCUAAAUCGUACAGUCUACUUGACAAAAAAAAGUGUAAAUGAAAACAGAUUGAAUAGCCGAUCGCCGAUGUCAAUAAAUUCGCGCUGUGAAUUUGCUUUUGCUAAACAAUAUACUGAACUCAGUAAAGUACACAACGUUAUACAAAGUGGAAUAUUCUGGUAACUGACUGCUUUAAUAAAGUGAAAAUGUAUACUUAUUUAUUUAUCCUCUGUGUCAUUUUCACGACUCCAUCGGCUCAUACAGCCUCGGCUGCCAGUGGCUCUGUAGAAUUAGAUGAGAUUUCUUUUAAUAAAAUAAAAAAGUUCGAUGCGGCCCUCGUGAAAUUCGACGUUGCAUUUCCGUACGGCGACAAACACGAAGCAUUUGUGGCGCUCGCAAAAGAUUCCAAAGAUGUCGAUGAACUUUUGAUCGCUGAAGUUGGCGUGAAAGAUUACGGUGAAAAGGAUAACGAAGCUCUGGCAAAGAAGUACGGGGCUAGCAAAGACAACUUCCCAGUAGUGAAACUGUUCGUGAAGGGUAAAAGUGAACCAAUUCCAUUUGAUGACUCGCAAGGUUUUAACAGCGAUGAACUGCGGCGAUUUGUACGCGUUAACACUGGCAUAUACUUAAGCUUGCCAGGCUGCGUGCGGGAACUCGACAGUUUGGCUACAAAAUUCAUGAAAGCUAAAGAUGAUGAGAGAAAGAGCGUGCUAAAGGACACUGUGGCGGCCGCUGAAAAAUUAGGAAGCAAGGAUGCAAGUUCCAGUAAGAUUUACAAGACAAUCAUGGAAAAGAUCAUUGAAAAGGGUGAUGAGUUUGUCAAGACGGAGUAUGAAAGGGUAAAGAAAUUGCUCAAUGGAAAAGUUUCUGAUGAGAAGAAGAAAUUGCUGCUCAUCCGAAUCAACAUACUACAAUCAUUCCAACUAUUUGAGAAACAAGUCAAACCCACAAAACAGGAACUAUGAUCACAUUAUUAAAUAUAGAUAUUUAUUUUCGUAACAUUUACUUAAUUAGCAUAAAUUUUAUUGGGGAAUGUCCAGUAUAUCCCGUUGGAAGAAUUUAUGAUGUGUUACUUAGUUAAAUACUGAAUUAAUGGCAGAAGACACUUGAUGUCAAUGGUUUUAUCACUCUUAGGUCAUUUCUUGGUAGCUGACAAUGGCAAUUCCUAAAUGUAACAUUCCUACUUAAGUUAGUUAGUAAAUAAAUUAUUCCAGCAAUAAUAAUAAAUGUAUAUAGUUCACAUAUUAUUGCACAUUAAGACAUGUUUGUUUCAAACUAUUUGUUAAUAUAUGUGUUUUCAAUACUAGAUCACAAAUUAUAUUUAUAUAGAUAAUCUAUAAAUCUUGUGAACUAAAUUGCCGAAACUCUUAUAUUACUACAUAGUUGGAAAAAUGCGCAAGUCUGUUUGUAUAUUAUGUCUGUUACCUGUGUGAAGCAAUUUUAUGAUUAAGAGACUGUGUUUACAAAAGUAUUGAUGCACCCUGCAAGUGUGAAUGCAAUAAAAUAUAAAAUGAUAA